GAUGACGUGACAUUGAGACGUCAAAAUGCCAAAUAACCUCACUUUUCCGAUGUGAAUUUUUAUGAGGAAAAUCAAAAUUAGGAAGUUUUUAGUUUGAUAAUGGUAUUAUUCUCGCUGUAUUCAUAAAAACCCAUGUUAUGAAGACCGUCGGUUAUGUCGUCUGCGGACUCACAACCCUAUCUGGAGGAUACGUCGUCUACGGACGACCACGAAAAUGAUCUUGAUAAAGAGAAAAAAACCCGUAAUAUUUCAAAAACUGAACAGAAAGGCGAGGUUAAAGAAAAAUUGAAAAAUAAAUACAUUAACAAAAUGCUUUAUGUUAUGAAGGAAUUUCUUAUAAUGGUAGUUGUUGCCAUAGCAUAUGCUGCUAUAACAAAUGAACCUCCCAAAAUCGGCAAAAGUCCAGCUGCCUAUCGGUUUUUCUCAGAUAAUCCUUAUGUGACUGAUUGGUAUAGAGGAGAGAUGAGUGAUGCUAUCAUGCAAGCACGAAGUAAUGAUAUAUCCUUCGUUAUGUUUUAUGCUCCUUGGGAUUCUGAAAGUCAACAUGCACGUAAAGAGUUUCAGAUUGCGGCCAGGUAUAUGCAACAAGAGGUAACCUUUGUUGCAGUGAAUUGUUGGCAACCUGGUAGUGAAUGUCGAACUCAAAACAGUAAGGUACAGAAAUGGCCUGUUCUCAUUGCUUAUCCAACUCAUGGAAGAGGUAUUCAGUAUAAUGGGCCUCUUAUAGCUGUUCAUAUGAUGGCCUUUCUGAAGAGAUUGAUUUCGCCCUUCACAAAUAUUGAAUCAACAGUAAUUCGCCACCAAAUUUUGCCACAAUAUGAUGCUAUUGUGUGGGGAAAUGUAAACGCUGCACCUUCAAGUAGAGAUUUCAUUGUUUUCUAUCAAAUAGCCUUGAGGCUUCUGGAGACAUAUCCUCUACAAGAUAUUGGUGUAACUAUUGAACCACAGUCUUCUUAUCCUCCUCAAAUACGAAUUUAUAACUGGAAUGAAACACUGAUUUAUCCAGAGAGUGAAUGGGAGGUUGAACCCAUUUUUAAUUGGAUAAUGAAGAAUGUCCAAUAUGCUACCAGGUGGAUAUCACCUAGUGGUUCUAAAAGUAUGUCUUUAUCCCAUUAUUUACAGCCAGGUCCCGCUUUGAUUUUGUUCACACCAAGAAAUCCAAUAGUCAUUCAUAACGAUUUCUAUAGUAUGUUGAAAGAGAUUGCUUAUGAUUACAAUUUUUGUGGGGACAACUUUAAUAUCAAGUCUGCUGAAUUCGCUCUCAAAUGGUAUAGAAGGGAUAAAUAUCUUCAGCAACUGAAGCUAAUUGAGGGGUGCAGGUUGAAAAAAUUCAAAAUCAAAAGGAUAACGUCAACUAAACUUUGGAGUAAUACAACAGUCUGUUUUGAAAAUAAAUAUGAUACAGAAAAUGUACAACAAAAUGAAGAUAGCAUGAUAGAUUACUAUGGAAGCAUGAAACAUUUAUGUGCACAUUUUCUCAAAGAUUUGGAUCGUGACCAGAAUGAAAGUAUUGAGCAUAACACAGCUAAAAUUGGCAACAUCUUAUAUAAGACCUCUAAAUGGAGUGAUGUGUCAGACUACAGAUCCCCAGAAAACCUGAGAAAUUACCUCAGUAGAGAAACGUGUAGGUUGUUUCAGAUUGCUCAGGAUUAUCAGCCUCUGCACUUCUCCAAGGAAUUAUAUGACUAUGUUGAGGGUUUUAAUAUAACAGGUUUCAAAUGUAAUACUAAUAAAACACUUAAUUUUAUUGCCAUGGAUAGUUUGUAUUACCACCAUUAUGCGGAAAAAUUGGGUGUCGAUUUAUUUCAAAGGCCUAAUAAGACAGCAUUGGUGAUAUUGGAUGAUAAAAUGGAAUCGCAUUAUAUAAUGUCAGAUGAUAUUACUGAAACUAAUGUAAAAAAAUUUAUAUAUAACUAUAGCAGAGGUUCUCUUAAGCGCGCCUUAAGCUCAUUGGCUACUGUUAAAUCAGAAAAUACUCAUUCCUAUCCAAAAAAUCGCCUGUGCAGUUACGAGGAUGCCAAAUUUUGUGUAAGAGAGCUAUCAGCGAUUAACUUCCUAGAAACCAUUUCCCAGACAAAUAAGGCUGUGAUAAUUUUCUACUAUUCGAAACAGUGUUCAUUCUGUAAUGGUAUUUCAUAUCGCUUUUUGACUGUUGCCAAGUACUGGUCAUCCAUGGAGGAACUCUUAUUCGCAAGAGUGGACGGUGAUUUGAAUUUGUUACCUUGGGAGUAUACAAUGGAAAUAUACCCCACUAUAUUAAUCAUUCCUGCCAAUCAGGGUUCUGAGAGUAGAGUAUUCCCGAUGGAUAUGCCAAUAACGCUUGAAAAUUUGAUUGGAUUCAUUUUGACGAAUUUACAGCCGUGCCUCAAGUUAGAGGCAAUGUGGACUCUUUGUCACAAAGCAAAGUUCAACCCUGAUAUUGUGGAAUGUAUUUCAUCAUUGAGACUGCAAAUCUCACAGGUCAUCGAAAAGUCUCUGCAAGAGUGGAGAACUUCGAACCAAGACGGUAAAGCUCAGUUGUCAUUGAAGCUUCAACAUUUACAUAAUUUAUAUACUCUAUUUCUGGAAUAUCCCUACAAUGCUACUCUGGCAGAAAAUAUAUUCGAUAGACUGAAGUUAAUAGAGUUAAAACCAUUGGAGACGACUGUUUAAAUGAAUAGGUAAUUUAUCAAAAUAUACUUUCCGCAUUUUUCCGUUCCGUUAUCCAAAGUUUCGUAUGGAAAAUAAUCAAUUUUGAAGAGGUGUUGAAAACAACAUUUUUGAAAUGCCCUUUGGAGAUUUUUGAACGUAAUAUAUUAUGCUCAAUUUAUAGGAAACACCUUGUAAGGAAUUUAAUGAUACAACUCAGUAAAAUAUUUUUUUGAAUUAUGAUAAACGACAAUAAGAAUCACUGAAUAACUAUUUUCAGCCUAUCAAAUAAUGAUAGCUGAAUCAUUCACCAGUUAUGAAAAAUUAUUUUGUUAUUUCUCAUUUUUGUUAUUUGUUAUGGAUAUUUCAAGUAUCACUUUAACUUUAAUCAUUCCUUAUACUUUUAGUUUAUUUCUUCAAUACUUAAAAAAGUGAAUCUUACCUGAACGUCAGCUCAUAAUUUCACAGUCAUUAAUUCUAGGUCUGGUUUUAUUAAGGGGCCAAUUUUUUCUUACUGUAGUUAUUAAGUAUCUAGUUAAUAAAGGUUUGAAAUCAUAUUCAUUUGAAUCAAUGGUAUCCAUGCUGGGAUUAUCAUAAAAAUUAUAGUAAAUUUUUUUCCCAGUUUCUGAGAUUAAAUAACUGAUUUUUUUACAAUUAUUUAUCCAAUAAUUAUGUAAAUCAUAGCAUUUUUUCUUCAUUUUUAAUUUCAUUACUCUUAGCGGUUGUUCAUACAUAAAUUAUCAGACAUCUGUGAUAAGUUAAGAUUAUGAUAGCUGAUAUCCCCAAAAUAUCAAGAAAUAUUUUCAUCAGUAUUAUGGAUUCUGAUGGAUUUCCUAUGAGGGAGGGUCAGCUAUUAUAGGUAUUGUAAAAUUAUUGUAAAUAAACCAAAAAUCUAAAUAUAUUGGUAUUAAAAA